AUGGCUGGGCCAGGCUCUAGCAGCCCCCUGUGUGCUGGGGGUCCCCGGCUUCGGGAACCCCCGGGGGCCCCCCAGCUACACCCCAGCGGGCGGGAGGGAAGGCAGAGCUGGGGAGAAGAGGGUUGAAGGUGGCUGGUCUGUGCACACAGUCACCAUACCUCCCUGUCCCCCCCAUGGGCUUGUAUUUUCCUGGGUGCCGCUUCCCUGGUGAAAUCCGCUCCGCGAGGCAGGGCAGCUCGGACAGGGGAUCUGGGUGUGCCCCCGGCACACGCACGGUCCUUACACAGAUCUGUGCACUCCGCUCACGAGCUACCGCCGGGGGGGCGGGGGGCACUGACGCAGCACGGAGCGGAGCGGGGCGGGGCCGGGAGGCAACCUCCACCACCUGCUGACCCCCCCUCACCCCGUAUGGCCCCCCGGCUCUGCCCCGCCCGGCGCCCCUCUGCCUGGCUGCUGCGGGGGCUGCUGGCAGGGCUGGGGGGGCUGGCGCUUGUGAGCCUCCUGCUUGGGGGCACAGGGGAGGAGCUGCUAUCGUGGUCACUGGCCCCCUUCCUGGGAGGCGGGGGAGGUUUCCUGCACGCAGACCCCCCCUUGCCUGGCCCCGACUCCUUCCUGCUGCCCAACGUGGAUGGCUGCAGGCCCCGGGCCCCCUUCCUGCUGGUGCUGGUGGCCAGCGCGCCGGGGCACACGGCCCAGCGCCAGGCGGUGCGUGCCAGCUGGGGGGGCGCCCGCAGGGCCGGGGGGUACCCGGUGCGGACGCUCUUCGCCCUGGGGGCGCCGGGCUCGGGCAAGGAGCAGGCCCGGCUGGAGGAGGAGUCCCAGCGGCACGGGGACCUGGUCCAGGGCCGCUUCGCCGACACCUACGCCAACCUGACCCUCAAGACCAUGAUGAUGCUGGGCUGGGCGGCCGCCCACUGCCCUGGCGCCGCCUUUGUGGUGAAGGUCGACGACGACGUCUUCCUCAACCUGCCCGCCCUGGCCCGCCACCUGGGGGCGCUGCCCAGCCCUCGCCGGCUCUACCUGGGCCGGGUCCACUGGCGGGUGCAGCCCAACCGCGACCCCGGCAACCGGCACCAUGUCCCGGCCUCCGCCUACCCGGCCGGGGCCUUCCCCCCCUACUGCAGCGGCACGGCCUACGUGCUGUCCGGCGACGCUGCCCUGGGGGUGCUGGGGGCCGCCCCCCACGUGCCUCCCGUGCCCCUGGAGGAUGUCUACGUGGGGCUGUGCGCUCGCUGGGCUGGCUUGGCCCCCACCCACACGGCCCGCAUGGCUGGAUCCACCCACUACCCCAUGGACCCCUGCUGCUACGGGGAGGUGCUGUACAGCGUGCACCAGGUGGGCCCUCAGGCGAUGGGGGCAGCCUGGGCUAUGGUGGGGGGAGAAGGGGGAGCCUGUACCCCACUGCAUAGGGGGCUGGGGGUGCUGAGGUGCAAGGUGCUAGCCCUGCUGGAGGGUCUGUGA